AUGCAAUCACAGAAAGAUAGUCGUCCUUCAACAGCCUGUAACGAGUGCCAACGCCGGAAGCAAAAGUGCUCCCGAGAGUGGCCUUGCAACCACUGUCAAGCAAGGAAAGUGGCCCAUCUCUGUCAAUUCUCGGCCAAGAAAACGCUACAAGAAUCUACUCCCGAAUCUGGUCGCGAAUCGUCUAGUGAAACCAGAGGCCGCAAGAGGAGCGCGCCAGACCCGAGCGAGCCUAGCUCACUGUCAUUUCCACAUGCAAGUGUGCCAGCCGGAGGUCAGGAUGGCUUGAAGAUAUGGGGAUAUAUGCCCGGCCAUGUACAUUAUAAAAUUGGUUACCUCGAGCUUAUUGGGCAACGGCACGACUCCACAGCCGAGACAUCUCCAGAUACGGUUGCAAAGGUUGUAGGCGCAAUACCUCCUAGAUCUAUCACUGAUUCCAUCGUAAACCACUUCUUGACGGUCGUCAAUUAUCGAUAUCCUAUCAUCUAUGGACCGACUCUGACCGAUCAGUACGUCCAAUGGUGGUCCGAUAGAUCUACUGAUGGAAUCAUUUCACCCGAGUUCACUUGCCUAUUACUCCGAAUAUGUGCUUAUACCGUCCAAUAUCUCACUCCUUCGAUGCGCGAGAUGAUCGAAUUUGAGCUGGCGUGUAGCUCACAAGCACUUACGGAGCGACUUGCCAAUGCCGCAGAACAAAUAUCCAGAGACUUUCUCGCGUCGAACACCAGCAUUGAGCGCAUUCAAGAGGGAUUUCUCAAAAGCGCUUGGCUGAAAGCGGAGUCUAAGAUUGUGGAAUCGUGGCACACUCUCGGUUCUACGAUCCGCGAGGCACAAGAACUCGGUAUUGAUAAGGACGCUGGUAUUGAGGGAUUGUCGGAAUUCGACAUCGAGAUCAGAAGACGGGUAUGGGCAAUAUUGUAUAUAUGGGACUGGCAAAUGUCCGCAUGGCUUGGUCGCCCAAGCCUUAUUGACCAAAGAAGCCUGAACUUCACGCUACCCAGCUUACGCCUCGACCAAUCGACAACAGAAUCAGAGGUUCCCUCACCGUUCACGCAUAUGGUUCUUCAAGCAGAACUUGGUCGUAGAGUUACAGCCGCCGUGGGAGGUGCAUCAGCCAACAAUCUCUUCACCGCGAAGCAAGUGCUGGAUGUCAAAAGAGCAUGCGAAAAUUUCAUAGAAGAGCUUCCGCCCAUCUUCAGGGUCAAAGAUCCCGACUUAUCCCUCGAUGAGCAGCAUCCUUAUUUCGUCUUGCAGCGGCAUCAGUUACAUUGCGUCGUUUUUAUAACGAUGCUUCAUGUGUUCAAACCAUACCUCACUCGGCAACGGCGCGACAGGAUCACGGACCAGGAUGACGAGUUCCGGAGAAUGGGCGUCGAGAUUGCCCAUCAACUUUUCCAAGUUUCGCGAGAUCUAUUAGAUCAUGAAUUCUCAAUCAACGCGAAAUUCCAGGUGGUUGUCUUUGCGAUAUUUGACACCGCCACACUCCUCUGCUCGGCCAUCAUUCACGAUCGUGAUCACGUCCUACAUCGCCGCGAAGAGGUUAUCGAACUGAUUCAGAGCUCGCUCAGUAUGCUACAUCAGCUCAGUUUUACGACAAAACUCGGUGCUACCUCGUACAAUUUCCUCGCCAAACUCGUGGAAGCCACGCCUGCACUUUCGCGACAAUCACUCACUGCGAAGCGGAGGAAACAUACGACGAACUCCCUGCCACCGCCCACCCCACCUGUAAAAAGCGCUCCUGCUUUGGUCAAGUCGGAGUCUCUCCCAACCGUGAUCACUUCCCUGUCACAAGGGAGUCCCCACAAGGUAGCAGUCACAGCCCCUACCACCGUUGAAACGGUCGCUUCACCUACGAGAACGACAACAGACGACCUCACCUUUGACAUCGACAACUUCCUAGCACACCAUCCAUUUGGACAAGUGGGGAACCCCCCUACACUUGACAUGGGCGGCAUGGAGCAAAUUUGGGAAUGGGAGGAUUUACGACUCGACGGCUGCACCCAGCAAGGGUCAAAUUCAUGA